AUGGAUCGUGUAUACGGUGAGACUUUUCUCAACCUUUCUGCUACAGCUUCGUUGAACAGUAAUGGAGGACUUUUCAGAAACGGAGAUUUCGAGCAACUGGAAGAAACAGAAAUCUCUCUUAACAUUGAAGGUCUUCCUCAAGCCUAUGAGAAGAAAGAUCUUCCAACAUGUCUUCUGGAGAGAAAGCGUCAACUUUUGCGAUGCUGCAUGGUCGUGGAUGUUUCCUUCUGGGCGAACGAGGUUGACAAAGGUCCGGUCAAUACACGUGGCUGGGUACUCCAGGAACGGCUGCUGUCUCCAAGGGUAUUACACUUUUGCUGGCAUCAAAUAGGCUGGGAAUGCUCUUGUUCCGGAGGCAUGGAGGGCCCAAUUGCUAAUGAGAUACAUCACAAAAGUUCUGCGGGCCAUCAGUCAAGGUACCACAGCAUCAUCGAAGGUAUCCGCCAGAAGACGAUUGAUACACACAGCGAUGCGAAUACAAUCACAUAUUCCCCUCUCAAUCUUUGGGCAGCCAUCGUCAGGACAUACUCAAAGACGGCAAUUUCACACCCACAGGACAAGCUCGUCGCUCUUUCAGGGCUGGCCAGAAUUAUAGCCGAGGAAACAAAGUGUGGGUAUGUUGCCGGGUUAUGGCGGACAGACUUCGAAAGUCAGUUGCUGUGGUUUGUUGAGCCUGCUUUUAACCAGUCCGAUCGUAUUUUCUCAAACCCAGCAACAAUCCCGGAUAACUAUUAUGCUCCCUCGUUUUCCUGGGCUGCCAUCGACGUAACUGGCCACGGGAUCACGUAUACUACGAUCGCCAAUCGCAGCUUGUUCAUUCGAGUCGAAGACAUAGCAGUGGAGACUCUUACCAACAAUGAGUUUGGACUCGUUUCCGAGGCUCGAAUCAUGAUGUGGGGAAAGCUCCGCGAAGCACGACUUGUCUCCAGACCUAGUAAUCGUUUCGGUUGGUAUUUGAUGGACCGGGAUGAUCUUGACGCCGAACUACACACAAAUGUGUACCUGGACUGUCCUCAGCGCGACCUUGACUGCAUCGACACGCACACACGAGUGUUUGUUCUACCUGUGGUAAGUGAAGUCGGUAAUGUUGGGACUUCCAGGAAUGAAUAUUUGCUUUGCCUGAUCCUGCGCUUGGAUCGGAAAGAUGCAACGUUCAGGCGCAUCGGCAUGACAAAAUUGAGCCCGCAUGCAGAUAGGAAAGCCAUGAAGAGCUUGUUAGUCGAUGGAAGGGCUGGUUACAAGAUCCUUGAGGUACUAUCGAGUGAUGCGAUGCUACCCCAUGAUGUCUACGAUCGAAAGACCGGAAUGCACAGACUGUUUCUUGUUUGA